AUGGAUGGACUCAUACAAACGUUACCGCCGCCAUUAAGAAAAUUUUCUACAUAUAUUGAUUUUGUUGGACAACGGAAAGCGGAACGAAUUUUCCAAGUAAUAUUGGUGCUAACGGCAGUGAUUGGUUAUGGUAUUGGUUAUGUUACUCAACAAUUAUCAUAUGCCAUUUAUACGUUAUGCAGUGGUUUUAUUCUAUCAUGUAUUCUCGUUGUACCGCCUUGGCCAUAUUUGCGACGUAAUCCAAUACAUUGGCAGCCCGUUCAAACGAUUUCACCAUCGUCUGCGAAUGUUCCAUCAAAAGAGAAAAAGAAGACGAAAUAA